CUUACUUUUGACAUCGGCAAUCUGCUCUGUCUGUCUGUCAACCUGAUUUUCUUCCCUCCUGCUCUCUCUUCCUGGACCUCCACAGCGAACUUCCUUUCCCCUUCUCCCUCCCUCAUAUCCACCCAACCCACCACUCACCAUGACAGGCUGCACAACCGACUGGAGCAACGUCACGCUCGCUGCUUUCAACCAGACUCUACUGAACGACACCUCGCUAUGUACGAAAUGCACCUGCCCGCUCGUCCUCGACGGCGAGCAGCUGUCGUGGGUGCGAUACUACCCGAAUCUGGCGGGCAACGUCCUCUACACAGCCAUCUUCGGCGUCUUCCUCGUGCUGCAGCUCUUCUUCGGGAUCUCGCGCAAGACCCGGGGGUACAUGAUCGCCAUGCUUCUGGGACUGAUCCUUGAAGUAUUGGGCUACAUCGGACGGAUUCUCCUCCGCUACUCGAUGUUCUCUUUCUCGUGGUUCUUGAUGUACCUCGUCUGCCUCACCCUCGCCCCAGCCUUCUUCUCCGCCGCCAUCUACCUGACCCUCUCGCGGCUCAUCACGAUCUACGGCGCCGAAUACGCCCGCUUCCGCCCACAGGUCUACACCUACAUCUUCAUCACCUUCGACAUCAUCGCACUCAUCCUGCAAGCCGCGGGCGGGGCCAUCGCCUCCAUCGCCUCCGCCUACUCGUCCGAGCAGAGCGCAGGCGUGCACACGAUGGUCGGCGGCCUUGCAUGGCAGGUGGUGUCCCUGUUCCUCUUCGCCUGCCUGAGUCUGGAUUUCUAUCUGCGGGUGCGCCGGUCCACCCGCAACGGGCUCCCGCUCAACCCGGCGUUUGAUUCCCUGCGCGCGCAGCGGUCCUUCGAGCCCUGGUUUAUGAUCUCCCUGUGUCUGGCCGGUCUGUUUAUCUUCGUGCGGAGCGUGUUCCGGUGUGCGGAGUUGCAGGGCGGGUUUGGCGGGAAGUUGGCCAACGAGGAGAUUCCGUUUAUGGUGCUGGAGGGGGCGAUGAUGGUGCUGGCUUGUGGGUUGUUGACGCUCUUUCACCCCGGGUUCGUUUUUGGGGCUCGGGAUUGGGCGUUGGCUAAGUGGAAGAGGGGGGCGAAGGGGCAAUAGAUGGAUUCUUUUUCUUUUGUUUCGCCCUUUUUUUUUGUUGAUUUCUGGGGUUGAGAUGGGUUUUGGGGGUGAGGUGGCGAGAUGGUUACGUGGAAGGCCUUGUUUGCUUGCUUGCUUGCUUGCUUACGCGCAUUUCCUUCUUGAAAAACAGGUGUUGCUUGCUUACUUUUUCUUCUUUUUCGGUCGCAUAGGCUUCGCUUCGGUAUUUCUUUAUUAUUUCUUUUUGUUUUCAGCCUUGAGGGUUGUUUGUGGGAGAGGUGAGUGAAAUGACAGCUCAGAUGCGAGUGAUAUAAGGGGUUAAGCAUGGACCAGACCUACUCACCAGAAGAUGUAAUACCUUUGUAUUCUUGUUGCAUUCCCUACUACACUGGGUAUUUUUGAAAAACACCCUUGGAACAUGUUCUGAUAAUGAGACAAG